CCUCCCCCUCCUGGGUACCAGUCGGAGCUCCCGGGCGCUGGCGGCGGAAGAGAUGGAGCAGCGUCACGAGCGCCCGGCCCCUUAAAGCUCUGCUGGCUGGAGCCGCCUCCCUCCCUGCAGCCCGCGGCAGGGAUGGAGUAAAGGGGGACCCGUCGACCUGCCCGCGGGGAUCGGCGAUGGAGUUAAAGCAAUCUUUGUCCACCCAUCUGGAAGCUGAGAAGCCUCUGAGGCGCUAUGGGGCGGUGGAGGAGACGGCGUGGAAAGCGGAGGGACUGGGGAAAAGUCAGCUGGACAUCAUCUCCAUGGCAGAGACAACCAUGAUGCCCGAGGAGAUCGAGCUGGAGAUGGCGAAAAUCCAGCGCCUCCGGGAAGUGCUGGUGCGCCGGGAGUCUGAGCUCAGGUUCAUGAUGGAUGACAUCCAGCUCUGCAAAGACAUCAUGGACUUGAAGCAGGAGCUGCAGAACCUGGUCGCCAUCCCAGAAAAAGAAAAAACCAAGCUGCAGAAGCAGAGAGAGGAUGAGCUAAUCCAGAAGAUCCACAAACUGGUGCAGAAGAGAGACUUCUUGGUGGAUGACGCGGAGGUUGAGCGGUUACGGGAGCAAGAAGAAGACAAGGAAAUGGCCGAUUUCCUGAGAAUCAAGUUAAAACCUCUAGACAAAGUAACCAAAUCUCCAGCCAGCUCCCGGGCAGAGAAGAAAGCAGAGCCCCCACCUAGCAAGCCCACAGUGGCCAAGACAGGGCUGGCACUCAUCAAAGAUUGCUGCGGGGCCACCCAGUGCAACAUCAUGUAGUCCCCACGUGGGGUGCCCCCAGGGCCACGGGGACCCCCUCCCACCCUCUUGUCUUCUUAGCCCCCAUUUCACUGGGGCUCAAGAGCUCUCCAAGGCAGAAGGGGUUGAAGGCAAGCCCGUGACUGUAGCCAGGGGCCAUGGCAAGGCAGGCGGGCCAGGCCACCCUGUACAGAGUGUAGCAAUAGGGAGUCCCUCACCGUCGCAUGGCCCUCCCCAGAGCAUGCCGAACCCAGGAGUCUGUCUCACUGUUUAUCUAACCACCAGGAAAGGUCCUCCCUCAAAAAAGUAUAUCUCCACUUCUAUCUAGCUGUAUCUAACCCACGUGCGAAUGAACUGGGAAAGGGGCAUGCUCCCCAGGUGUGUGUAGUUGUGACUUCUCAGCAAUCUAGCACUAUGUUGGACAAUCCCCCCAUCCACCCUCCCAGCUCUGCUGUCAGGCCUGCCCCAAAUGGGCACAGGCCCUGUCCUGUCUACCCUCUCCCAAUGGCUGUGCCCUGGAGGGCUCCACGCAGCCCAUGUGUCUCUAGGGCACUAUCCCUAUAGCCUUCUUAGAGACACAGAGGGCCCAUCUGUAAAGAUUGAGCUUGUGUACAGUGUCACGGUCACAUCUCCUGCUUCCUCCUAUCCUGUGACUGGGGACAGUUCACAUCAGGGGCAUCCAUUGAGCUCUCAGCUUGUUAUGUCUGCCCCAGGUGGACACGUGGAGUAGAGUGUGGCUCGGGGUGGGGUGGGGGCCUUGGUUGGGGCAGACCCAGUGUGCAGAAAAGGUGGCAAGUAGGAGGCUGCAAUGCCAAGGCCAAGACGGAUGAAAAGGGGACCCAGAGCAGAUGUCGACUCAGGCACUCCACGCCCCAGGGACUGCUGCAGAGAUGCCAACAGAUGCCACCUCACCAGGCCAACACACAGACCUCUGUGAAGAGCAGCAAUGGUUGGGAGAGGGAGCCUGACCUGAUUGUACCCCAACACCUGUGGUGUGUUUUAACCAGCCACCAAACAGUUCCACCCGUUUAACUUGAUGUACAUUUGCUACAGCCAGCCCGGCACAGCCCGUGUGACCUCUCUGUACGUGUGUGUGUCGUGAGCGGCCUAAGUAGUUAGUAUAACUCAAGAUUUGCUGAUGUGCAAUCAUCUAUCAGAGAAAAUAAAAAUGGAAACCACGUACACAGUAUUUUAACAGUUUUUACUUUUUCCUUGAUUAUGGAUGCAAUCCAUGUACAUAGUAAAUCAUUUUAAAAGUACAGAAAGUAUAAAGAAGGUUUUUUU